UACUUUCGGUUUGAAUUUCCCUGUUCAUGUGCGGCUCCAGACCGUUAGUUGGGUCUCAGUCUGUUGUUUAAAUUUUCUUCUUUAACUCUUUGGAUCGUUUGAACAAACUGUGAAGGUAGAAAGUGUGUGUGAGCUGAUGUGAAUUCAGCAGCAUGGAUCAGUGUGAGGACAGAGAGGAGGGAGUCCCUCCCUCUAAAACCACUCUGUGUGGGGAAGAUGAGAGCCAGAGCAAAGGUCAGAGGAUCAAUCAGAGACGCAAACCAGAACCAGAACCAGAACCCAGCUGUGUGUCCUUUAAGAGCAACAUGUCAAAGGAUGAAGAAGAAUCAGAACCCAGCUGUGUGUCGUUUAAGAGCGACCGGUCAAUGGAUCUUCCCAUUGACUUUAAAUCUCCUGGACCUCCAUCAUCAGAGAGAGUGGACCAGCAGAGCUCAGAGGUCCCCAGUUGUCCGUCUGCCCAGCAGCAUCAAAUACAGCUGGACUCUAUAUUUAUGCUGCUGGAGGACAACAUUGUCGCUUUUGUGAAGAAAGAACUGAAGAAGAUCCAGAAAGUUCUGAGUCCAGAUUACCCAGAAUGCUCAGAGAGUCAGAGAGAUGAUGAGGUGUUGGAAGGUGAGGAUGAAGAACAGAGGAGGAGCAGCAGAGAGGCAGUGAUGAAGAUCACACUAAACAUCCUGCGGAGGAUGAAGCAGGAGGAGCUGGCUGACCAUCUGGAGAGCAGACAUUUUGCUCCAGUUUGUCAACAUCAACAUAAAUCUGGUUUGAAGAAGAAGUUCCAGUCUGUGUUUGAGGGGAUUGCUAAAGCAGGAAGUCCAACCCUUCUGAACCAGAUCUACACAGAGCUCUACAUCACAGAGGGAGGGACUGGAGAGGUCAAUGAUGAACAUGAGGUCAGACAGAUUGAAACAGCAUCCAGGAAACCAGACAGACCAGAAACAACAAUCAGACAAGAAGACAUCUUUAAAGUCCCACCUGGAAGAGAUCAACCAAUCAGAACAGUGAUGACAAAGGGAGUGGCUGGCAUUGGAAAAACAGUCCUAACACAAAAGUUCACUCUGGACUGGGCUGAAGACAAAGCCCACCAGAACAUCCAGUUCAUAUUUCCAUUCACGUUCAGAGAGCUGAAUGUGCUGAAGGAGAAAAAGUUCAGCUUGGUGGAACUUGUUCAUCACUUCUUUAGUGAAACCAAAGAAAUCUGCAGCUUUGAACACUUCCAGGUUCUGUUCAUCUUUGAUGGUCUGGAUGAGAGUCGACUUCCUCUGGACUUCCACAACAAGGAGAUCCUGACUGAUGCUACAGAGUCCACCUCAGUAGAUGUUCUGCUGACAAACCUCAUCAGGGGGAAACUGCUUCCCUCUGCUCUCCUCUGGAUAACCACACGACCUGCAGCAGGCAGUCAGAUCCCUCCUCAGUGUGUUGGCAUGGUAACAGAGGUCAGAGGGUUCAAUGACCCACAGAAGGAGGAGUACUUCAGGAAGAGAUUCAGAGAUAAGCAGCAGGCCAGCAGGAUCAUCUCCCACAUGAAGACAUCACGAAGCCUCCACAUUAUGUGCCACAUCCCAGUCUUCUGCUGGAUCACUGCUACAGUUCUGGAGGAUGUGUUGGAGACCAGAGAGGGAGGAGAGCUGCCCAGAACCCUGACUGAGAUGUACAUCCACUUCUUGGUGGUUCAGACCAAAGUGAAGAAGGUCAAGUAUGAAGGAGGAGCUGAAACAGAUCCACACUGGAGUCCAGAGAGCAGGAAGAUGAUCAAGUCUCUGGGAAAACUGGCUUUUGAUCAGCUGCAGAAAGGAAACCUGAUCUUCUAUGAAUCAGACCUGACAGAGUGUGGCAUCAAUAUCAGAGCAGCCUCAAUGUACUCAGGAGUGUUCACACAGAUCUUUAAAGAGGAGAGAGGUCUGUACCAGGACAAGGUGUUCUGCUUCGUCCAUCUGAGUGUUCAGGAGUUUCUGGCUGCUCUUCGUGUUCAUCUGACCUUCAUCAACUCUGGUGUCAACCUGAUGCAGAGAGCUGUUGACCAGGCCUUACAGAGUCCAAAUGGACACCUUGACUUGUUCCUCCGCUUCCUCCUGGGAUUUUCACUGCAGACCAAUCAGAGACUCCUACAAGGUCUGCUGACAGGAAGUAGCUCACAAACCAAUCAGGAAACAGUUCAGUACAUCAAGGAGAAGAUCAGUGAGAAUGUGUCUGCAGAGAAAAGCAUCAAUCUGUUCCACUGUCUGAAUGAACUGAAUGAUCGUUCUCUAGUGGAGGAGAUCCAACAGUCUCUGAGUUCAGGAAGUCUCUCCACAGAUAAACUGUCUCCUGCUCAGUGGUCAGCUCUGGGUUUCAUCUUAGUGUCAUCAGGAAAAGAUCUGGAUGUGUUUAACCUGACGAAAUACUCUGCUUCAGAGAAGGCUCUUCUGAGGCUGCUGCCAGUGGUUAAAGCCUCCAACAAAGCUCUACUGAGUGGCUGUAACCUCUCAGAGAGAAGCUGUGAAGCUCUGUCCUCAGUUCUCAGCUCCCAGUCCUCCAGUCUCAGAGAACUGGACCUGAGUAACAACAACCUGCAGGAUUCAGGAGUGAAGCUUCUCUCUGCUGGACUGAAGAGUCCAAACUGCAACCUGGAAACUCUCAGACUGAGUGGCUGUAACCUCUCAGAGAGAAGCUGUGAAGCUCUGUCCUCAGUUCUCAGCUCCCAGUCCUCCAGUCUCAGAGAACUGGACCUGAGUAACAACAACCUGCAGGAUUCAGGAGUGAAGCUUCUCUCUGCUGGACUGAAGAGUCCAAACUGCAACCUGGAAACUCUCAGACUGAGUGGCUGUAACCUCUCAGAGAGAAGCUGUGAAGCUCUGUCCUCAGUUCUCAGCUCCCAGUCCUCCAGUCUCAGAGAACUGGACCUGAGUAACAACAACCUGCAGGAUUCAGGAGUGAAGCUUCUCUCUGCUGGACUGAAGAGUCCAAACUGCAACCUGGAAACUCUCAGACUGAGUGACUGUAACCUCUCACAGAGAAGCUGUGAAGGUCUGUCCUCAGUUCUCAGCUCCCAGUCCUCCAGUCUCAGAGAACUGGACCUGAGUAACAACAACCUGCAGGAUUCAGGAGUGAAGCUUCUCUCUGCUGGACUGAAGAGUCCAAACUGCAACCUGGAAACUCUCAGACUGAGUGGCUGUAACCUCUCAGAGAGAAGCUGUGAAGCUCUGUCCUCAGUUCUCAGCUCCCAGUCCUCCAGUCUCAGAGAACUGGACCUGAGUAACAACAACCUGCAAGAUUCAGGAGUGAAGCUUCUCUCUGCUGGACUGAAGAGUCCAAACUGCAACCUGGAAACUCUCAGAUUCCUGUCAACUCACCAUCGACACAAACACAGUGAGCAGAAACAUCAAACUGUCUGA